AUGGCAUGGCGCACGUGCCAGACUCUUAUUUUGGAGACUCGCUCCUGAAGCAGCGACUCGGAAGAAGGAAAUAAUGAUCAGUGUCUACAAGUAGACUGCAAUCAGUCUGAGGUCGAGUAGAAGGUAACCAUGGCAAUGACUGGUCAGACGUCCUGUUCCUCCAUGAGCAACCACACCAAGGAGCGGGUCACGAUGGCCAAAGUGACCCUGGAGAACUUCUACAGCAACCUGAUCUCCCAGCACGAAGAGAGGGAGAUGAGGCAGCAGAAGCUGGAGAAGGUGAUGGAUCAGGAGGGACUUGCUGAUGAAGAGAAGCGUAUUCGGCGUUCUCAGCAUGCAAGGAAGGAGACCGAGUUUCUGCGACUGAAACGAACCCGUCUUGGAUUGGAUGACUUCGAGUCACUCAAGGUGAUCGGCCGUGGAGCUUUCGGAGAAGUCCGUCUAGUUCAGAAGAAAGACACAGGCCACGUGUAUGCCAUGAAGAUCUUGCGCAAAGCUGACAUGCUUGAGAAGGAACAGGUUGGUCAUAUACGUGCUGAAAGAGACAUCCUGGUGGAGGCAGACAGUCAGUGGGUAGUGAAGAUGUUCUAUAGUUUUCAGGACAAGAUGAACCUGUACCUCAUAAUGGAGUUCCUACCUGGAGGUGAUAUGAUGACUCUGCUGAUGAAAAAGGAUACUCUGACCGAGGAGGCUACGCAGUUUUACAUCGCUGAGACGGUGCUAGCCAUCGACUCCAUCCACCAGCUGGGUUUCAUCCACAGAGAUAUUAAACCUGACAACCUGCUACUGGAUUCAAAGGGCCACGUGAAGCUGUCAGAUUUUGGCUUGUGUACGGGGCUUAAAAAGGCUCACAGGACAGAAUUCUACAGAAACCUCAACCACAGCCUGCCCAACGACUUUACAUUCCAAAACAUGAACUCAAAAAGAAAAGCAGAGACGUGGAAGAGAAACCGGAGACAGCUGGCUUUCUCCACUGUUGGAACCCCUGACUACAUCGCUCCAGAAGUGUUUCUGCAGAACGGAUACAAUAAACUCUGUGACUGGUGGAGCCUCGGGGUCAUCAUGUACGAGAUGCUUAUAGGUUACCCCCCCUUCUGUUCAGAGACUCCUCAGGAGACAUACAGGAAGGUGAUGAAUUGGCGGGAGACGCUGACUUUCCCCCCGGAAGUUCCUAUUUCAGAGAAGGCAAAGGAUCUUAUUCUCAGGUUCUGCUGUGAGAGUGUUGACAGGAUUGGUGCUAAUGCAGUUGAAGAGAUUAAAUCCAAUCCUUUCUUUGAAGGGGUGGAUUAUGACCAUAUCAGGGAGAGACCAGCUGCCAUUCCAAUCGAGAUUAAAAGCAUCGACGACACCUCAAACUUCGACGAGUUUCCAGAAUCGGACAUCCUCCAGCCAACUUCAUCUGUAGUGACCAACCACAGUGAAGCUGAUUUAAAGAACAAAGACUGGGUCUUCAUUAACUACACAUACAAGCGCUUUGAGGGCCUGACCGCCCGUGGGGCUAUUCCCUCCUAUAUGAAAUCAGGGAAGAGAUAAACACACACCCUUCAUGAAGCUUGUGUUUGUCCUUUUAAAGGAGCCCUUUUCCAUUGCUUCUCAUCGCUGAGGAUCGGUCAACAUCUCCAAACUCCAGUCUGUUUCCUUUUACGGGCCAUGCUGUGAUGCAUUCAUGGUAGUGGACGUUUUCUCCGCUUCCAGCACUUGUCCCUUUUUUUUUUUUUUUUUUUAAAUCAACCCAAGCUUUUUCAGUAGAAGCUGUAAAAGCUGCUUCUAGUCAUUUGUUUUGACUGGGAAUGUAAAAUUCGGGGCCAACAACUUUGAAAUGAAUUUUCCCCCCAUCAAAUAGAGAGUUUUUUUUUUUUUUUUUAAUUCUAAUGAAUAAUUAAUUUAGAAAACUAGAAUGUGGCCAGUCCACUGUUAUGCAGGGGGUUGAUUUGAGUUGGUGUCAUUUACCUUCUGUAAAAAAAAAAAAGAAUUCUGCUCUGCUCAGUUUCAACCUAAACAUCUGUUGUAGAAAUCUUAAAAUAUAUAUAUAUAGGAUUUCAGAAAGAGAAAAAACAAGACUCUCUCUGCAAAGUUUUUAAAGAAUUUAGACGCAUUUGAUUUUUAGUUUUUACAUUUAUAUAUAUAUAUAACUCUCAGUGCUUGCCAUCACAUACUUCACCUAAUGGCAAUGGCAAAAUGCAAGGGGCUUCUUUUUUUUAUGCAAACAGUUUUCAAUGCUUGAAAGCCUAAUAUAAUGUUUGGGAACCUGCCUCCAGGGACAAACAUUGCCUUAAAUUUGGUUACUAGACGAAUGUUCCAGUAAUCCCUUGUUACACCAGCACAAUGUCCCGCUUCCAGACAAAUGUUUUGGGGUUGUCUUUUUUCCUUUGUAUAUUUUUUCUUUGUCUGUUUACUUUCUUUAGAGUAUACCAGCCAGUGAUAAUGACCAAGUGAGGUUUUAUUAGACCAGCUUAUUUCUCGUGAUUCUUUCAACUGCAGCUGUAGCUUCAUCCUGUAAUUUUUCCGUUUGCUGGAUGUUCGCUCUCAACCUAAAUUUGAAUUUCUUUUCCGUAAAAGGGCUCGCUGUUCAUGUUUACCUUGUUCAGUUUGGGAACAAAUCACGAGUUGGAUGAUCGGAGCCGUUCAGUGUGCUGAAUGCGCUUAUUUGAUGAUCUUACUCAGCAGUCUUCCAUGUUGCUCCUGGGCUGAAAAAGCAUGUUAAUAGCUAAAGCAAUAUUUUACCAAAGACUUAUUUUAGAAGCUGAUGCACCCUUGUUAUGCCUUCUGCAAUGCUUGAUUUGUACUGGAGAUUUGUAGAAAAGCACGUCUAAUAGAGUAACGGCAAAAAAAAGUCUAUUUAUCCCAGGACAGUCUACUGUCAUCAUUUUAGUAUGGCUAGGUUGCACUAUUGUACUGAUGUAUAGGAGCGUUUAAGGGAGACAUUGCAUGACUCUUAUAGGUCUCGCUCGGUUAGAUGUCCGCAGGUUCCUUUGUCAGCAUCAAGUGAAAACAGAAUCCCGUUCUCAACGAAGCUGUACUGUUUGCAUCGUUACACUGUCGUAGGCAAGACUAAUCAAAUCAAGAUUUAGCGUUGACUCAGCUGGAUUUUAUGCAGCCUAUUAGAGCUAACCGUAUUUUUCGUCAGAACGCUUAGCACGUCUGCUGAAUUGUGAAUAUCUAUUCGUCCUGUCUAACUGGAGCAGGACACAAUAAAUACGUUUCUUAUUUUGCAAUGCACAAAAUGCUGUCUGUUAAUUCAGUAACUAUCCGCAUGGCCUCACAAAUCCAAAAAUGCUGUUGAUUUCUGAUAAAAAGAAAAAAGCACAAUUGGUGGAUUUUUCUUUUUUUUCACCCCCAAAUGCUGUAGUUUUUAUAUUUCAGGAGUUGUACAAGGGAGCGUUGGAUUUUGUAAAUUCGAGCAUUAUUAUUAUAUCGAUCCUGUAGAUCACACGUUCUGCUUGGAUGCUUUUGCAUGAGUGCUGCUCAAAUGUUGGAUGAUCUCUAAGUGGCACGGAGUACGUGUUUCAUUCAUUUUAAACUCUAUUCUUCUUCUGUUCUUGUGGGUUUGGCCCUCUGUUCCAGUACUGCGCAGUUUAUUACUUUCAAACGAAGCGAUUCUCCUGCAGUCAGAUACUCACCCAAAACAUGCUAAAGUGACUCGUUCUCAAAACAGAACUUGAUCUGCUGUGUAUCGUUUUAGGACUAUUGGGCCUCGUUUAUCAAGCUGGAUACAAACAUGUUUAUUUGUAAUUAACAUUAACAUAUUUUAAUCCAGUUAGUCUGGGAAAAUGUUUAUAUCCAGCGUGCACUACGGGGUCUGGUUGAAUUUACAGAUAAGGAGACUUACUAAUGCAAAUCUUAACCACUGGGCUUCAAAUCAUAUAAUUACAAUAACUUGCAAAUGAAGCAUUUUAUAUAAAAGAAAGAAAGUAAAACGGACCAGCUCGAUAAAUGAAUACACACAAGACUAGCUAUACUAUUGUCUGAAUGUCUGAAUUUUUAGCUUGUUUGGUUUCUGAAACACAAUUUUUGUAAAAGACUGAUAAACGAGGCCCUGGGUUUAGAGCUCGAAUUGCACUGUUUAAAAGAAGAAAUCUUGAAUUUUCGAGAACGUUCUGUUGCACAGAAGUUUGGGCGUGAGUAAAAUGAUGUGCAUUUGAUUUCCUCUUAUAGUUUGUACAGUACACGGAGAAGGAUUUUGAAUGUUUUAAUAACACACUGGUCCAUUUCUAUUUACUUUUUCACACGAUCAUUACAGUAGCUUAGUCUUUCUGACUAAUUUCUGAAUAUUUAUAUACUUACUAGAACCUUCUGGAAUAAAAUCAGUGCGUGUGUUUGUAUGUUUAAAGGGUUUGUAUCGUAAUGGAUUUACGGCGUAUUUAUUCAAACCAGGAACGUGUAUGAGUGUAUCCCUGGAUUUUUGAGAAGAAUGGCGAACAAGAAUGAGCUAGCUGUUCUUUUUUUUUUUUUUUUUUUAAGUAUAAAAGAUAAUAUAAAAACUGCUCCUGGGUUCUGUAAUAUUGCGUUCUACUGUGAGACGAUGAAGUCGGGCCUCUCUGCCUUAAUAUUAAGUUUGUAGAUUGUAGCAUCACCUCAAAGAGCACCUUUUACUGGUUUGUUAUUGAGAGAGCUUGUGGUGAGCACACAAUUUUAAUGCUAUCAUUCAAUAAACCACCAGUUUAUUUA